UAAAUGUACAUACCGGCGUGUUCAGGUUCUUUGGGUCGAAUGGCUACCCACUGGCUUGCCAUUUGUUGUGAUUGUUUAAUGAAUUGUCGUCAUCUGCCGUGCUUCCUUUUUUUUUUAUUGUAUAAAAUUGUCGCGGAGAGGCCAGACGCGAAACGUGAUCCCAGUCACACCUUCUCAACUUCCCCACCCUGGCGACCAUGCUUCGAAUUCCACGAACCCCUCGUAUUCUUGCACGCCCGGCGCUACAGAGCGUUCGUAGACUAGCCACGACACCACGCUUGUUCAGUCAAAGCAAUCCACACAGCAAGAUUCAUGCACUGCCCUUCAAAUUGUCAGAAGAAAAGGCACGCUCUCUGAUCGACCUUACUGCCUAUGUGAACGAGCACACGUUUGCUAGCUUUUUCAAAAUUCUCGGAAGUGCCAUAACUCGCACCAAACCCAAAGUUGACGAAAAAGCGCAAGACCUCGAGCUACGCAAGGCUUACCUGCCCUUCUGGUACCUUGAUAUUGCAGUUUCUGGAAAAGGAACGGCGCUGCAAUCCAAUAUGGGAAAUGAUGAGAAGGAUAUGCAAAAUUCCAUGCUGGGCAUGGCAUUUGAUAGCUAUUGGCCGGGGUUUGUAUUCGACCCUCUGCAUUACGUAUCCUUUGGUAAACCUCACAACCAAGACAUUCAAGAUGCUGUCCCGUUUUCGCCAAGUAUGUACCAAGACGUCGAAGAUAUCGAAGUCAUUCCUUUCAGCGUCAGCCCACUCCUUGAUAUUGCUGACCGAGUCGACGUUGUGAAUGACACGGUUAUCGAAGGCAAAGAGUUUAAUUACCAAAUGAACGACGUCCAACUAGAGUUCGCCGCAGCUUAUCCUCUUUACUGGCCCGUGUACAUAGCGAAAUUUAAGGUAGGCGAAGACGAGGAGAGAACCAUCGUCUUGGCCGCGCACAAGGACGAUCCGUUCUUCUUGCAAUGGGAACCGGAUAGAGAAGGAUACCAACAAUGGCUCAACAACGGCUCCUGGCUCAAUGCCGAUGUGACAGAACCGUUCUGGAAAAUCGGAUAUGGUCAGAAGGGAGUGCUUCAUAACGCUGAGCAGAUGUACCUUAACGACGUGGUGGGACAAUUUGGCGUGGGAGGCGAUACCAUUGACUGGGAAGACAAACGCAUUCUAGCCUAUCCUGUACAUAAUGGUGACAACAAGGAGUAUUUGACCAAGAUGUACAGCUACUGGGCCAAAACAUCCAUGCUCAAGAUGAUCCAACACUCUGAUUCCACCAUGGUCGGUUUCGGCAAGGGCAAGUUUGAGAUCCUUCCUGUGGAGAAGAUGAUUGAAAAUACCGAGAAGGAGAUCGAAGAGGCUAAAGCUGAGAUGGAGGAAGCUCGACCCAAGUGGUUAAGUGAGGGUUCUCAAGCGUAGGUGUUGCGA